AUGCAAUUCAAAUAUCAAUUGAGUUUAUUAUUACCAUUAUUUUUGUCUUUUGUUGGCAACAACAUAGUUGAAGCCCAUAAGGUCAUUGACAAUCCAACUUUAGAGGAUAUUUGGGACCAAGAUUGGCCAUAUCAAGGUGUGGAAACAUUUGCUCAUUUGCCACAUACCAAGUGUUUGUUACAUCCAGAUGUCGAAUUUGACAUAGGUAUUAUCGGUGUUCCAUUUGAUACUGCUACCACCUAUAGACCAGGUGCAAGAUUUGGUCCCAGUGCCAUCCGUAAAGGUUCUCAAAGACAGAACUCUUUACGCGGAUUUAAUUUUAGAGCCGAUAUUAACCCAUAUACAAGCUGGGCUAAGGUUAUUGAUUGCGGCGAUAUUCCAGUUACCCCUAUGGAUAAUGACAUCGCUUUAAAGAUGAUGACCAAAGCUUUUGAAAGUUUGCUUUUAGAAAGAAACGGGACUGCCAAUAGCACGAGCAGUAGCGGUAAAACUGUGCUACCACCUAGAUUGAUGUCAUUGGGCGGGGAUCACAGUAUUUUAUUGCCUAUUUUAAGAGCGUUACACAAAGUUUAUGGUAGAAUUACUGUGGUUCAUUUUGAUUCGCAUUUAGACACUUGGUCAGCUAAGACAAGUUAUCCUGGUUAUUGGCACAGUGAUACCAGUGAAUUUACUCAUGGUUCUAUGUUGUGGUCUGCUGCCAAAGAGGGUUUAUUGGCAGAAUCUAAUAAUUUACAUGUGGGAUUAAGAACUCGAUUGGCUGGAUGGGAAGAUUAUGAUGUGGAUGAUGAUACUGGUUUUACAAGAAUUGAAGCGGACGAGAUCCUUGAAUUAGGUGUUAAAGGUAUGGCUGACAAGAUUUUAUCUAUUGUGCCCAAAGAUAAACCAGUUUAUGUCAGUGUUGAUAUUGACGUUAUUGAUCCUGGUUCUGCUCCAGGUACUGGUACUAUGGAAUGUGGUGGAUUCCUAACCAGAGAAUUAAUUUAUAUGUUGAGACAAAUGGAAAAUUUAAACAUUGUCGGUGGUGACGUUGUCGAAGUCGCUCCCGCAUACGAUCCAUUAGAAAUCACCUCUCUAGCUGGCGCACAAGUUGCCUAUGAAUUGAUUACUAAUAUGGUGAAACAUGGUCCUGUUGACGAGAGUUUAAUUAAAAGAACUGGCUCAACAGAACUCGGUGACAAUGUUGUUGUUAAAGACGAGGAAGAGAGAAUUGGGAGCAGAGUAAGACAUCAUAUUUUUAAUAAUUUUUGA